AUGUAAAAAGUUCAUAUUGCUGCCUUUACAGACGACAAAGUUUUUAUUAAUUUACUAGAUAAAGAAAUUGAAAGACAUGUAAAGGAGUAUUUUGAAAAAGAUCAACCUAAUAAUGAGAAUAAAAUUUUGACAUCCAAUAAGAAAAAUAAAAAAUAAUAUCACUCUUUCUCUAUCCUUCAUAAAAAUAAUAUUGUUGUGAAGGAUCAUAAAAAAAUAAUCCUUAAGACAUUUAGCAACAACACGAAAAUUUCUGAUAUCAAUUACAACUAAUUUAAUGAUAUCCCACUAUCAGAAAGGUUUAACAAAAGAUGCAACAUUGCUUAACGGAAUUGUUAUUUGGGACUUAAAUCACAAACUUAACAAACUUAGAGAUCAGAAUUUAAAUCAAUAAAUGAAGAAAUAAUAUCAUCUCGAUUAAGUAAGACAUAAAGAAACAAUAGAAUGGACUCUAUAUAAGAGCGUAUUGAAAUGUACUUAUAUUGUAAUUUAUAAAGUUGUAAAGAAUACUUAGCUAAGGAAUAAUAGAGAUUGAAGAUGGUUGAAGAAUAGAUAGAAAAAAAUCAAUUUCUUCUUGAAGAACUGGCUUAAGAACUUGAGAUUGUGAAUAGCAACAAAGCAAUUUUUAAUUCCAUAAAGAAUUUAGAUUAGCAAGUGUAUAAAAAUGAACUUAAUUGUAUUAACUACAAAAAAGUUACUUAAGAGCUCUAUGAAUUUAUCCAAUAAAUUUAAAAAAAGUAUUUUAAGAAAUAACAGGAAUUAAUUUAUCCAUUUAUUUAGAAUUUUAAAAAUGAAUUAAAUUUAAUGCUUCUUGAAUAUGAGCCACAAAUUCAACAAAAUUAGGUACAAUGA